AAAGCCAUGGCCGAACCACACUAUAAAAACGGUUUAGACGGUUCGUUCCAAAAACCAGAAACGGAAAACCCAUUGCCCACCACCGUGCCUGCAACUUCACCAUUUAAAUUCUAAGAAGAAGAAGAAGAAAAGAAGAAGACUAAUCAAAGGAGAGAGAAACAUCGAGAGACAGCGAUGGCUGGCUCAUGGAAAUGCGGUUCUCUAUUUGUUCUAGCAAUUAUUUCAUUCGGAUGUCUAUUUGCAAUUUCCAUUGCGAAAGAGGAAGGUACCAAGUUGGGAACAGUAAUUGGGAUUGAUCUUGGAACGACCUACUCGUGUGUUGGUGUUUACAAGAAUGGCCAUGUUGAAAUCAUAGCCAACGACCAAGGUAACCGUAUCACCCCAUCAUGGGUUGCUUUCACCGACAGUGAGAGACUGAUCGGGGAGGCUGCAAAGAAUCUUGCAGCUGUCAAUCCUGAGAGGACCAUCUUUGAUGUCAAGAGACUUAUCGGAAGAAAAUUUGAAGAUAAGGAAGUUCAAAGAGACAUGAAGCUUGUUCCUUACAAGAUUGUCAACAAGGAUGGAAAGCCAUACAUUCAGGUAAAAAUCAAGGAUGGUGAGACCAAGGUGUUCAGUCCUGAGGAAAUCAGCGCCAUGAUUCUGACUAAGAUGAAGGAAACUGCUGAAGCAUUCCUUGGCAAGACAAUUCGUGAUGCUGUGGUCACUGUCCCAGCUUACUUCAACGAUGCUCAGAGGCAGGCCACCAAGGAUGCUGGUGUCAUUGCUGGUUUGAAUGUUGCUAGAAUUAUCAAUGAACCCACUGCUGCUGCCAUUGCUUAUGGAUUGGACAAGAAAGGUGGAGAGAAGAACAUUCUUGUCUUUGAUCUUGGGGGUGGAACUUUUGAUGUCAGUAUCUUGACAAUUGAUAAUGGUGUCUUUGAGGUUCUUUCUACAAAUGGAGAUACUCAUCUUGGAGGUGAGGACUUUGAUCAGAGAAUAAUGGAGUACUUCAUUAAAUUGAUCAAGAAGAAGUAUGGUAAGGACAUCAGCAAGGACAACAGAGCACUUGGAAAGCUUAGGAGGGAGAGUGAGCGUGCCAAGAGAGCUCUUAGCAGCCAGCACCAGAUCCGUGUCGAAAUUGAAUCACUUUUUGAUGGUGUUGACUUCUCUGAGUCACUUACCCGUGCUCGAUUUGAAGAGUUGAACAAUGACUUGUUCCGUAAGACAAUGGGCCCUGUAAAGAAGGCAAUGGACGAUGCUGGAUUACAGAAGAACCAGAUUGAUGAGAUUGUUCUUGUUGGUGGAAGCACAAGGAUUCCAAAGGUACAACAACUUUUGAAGGAUUACUUUGAUGGAAAGGAGCCAAACAAGGGUGUCAACCCUGAUGAAGCAGUUGCCUUUGGUGCUGCAGUGCAAGGAAGCAUUUUGAGUGGAGAGGGUGGCGAAGAAACCAAAGAUAUCCUUCUCUUGGACGUUGCUCCUCUUACCCUUGGAAUUGAAACUGUUGGCGGAGUGAUGACAAAGUUGAUUCCUAGAAAUACUGUCAUUCCUACCAAAAAAUCUCAGGUUUUUACCACCUACCAGGAUCAGCAGACAACCGUCUCCAUUCAGGUGUUUGAAGGUGAGAGGAGUCUCACAAAGGAUUGCCGUCUACUUGGGAAAUUUGAUCUGUCUGGAAUUCCACCAGCUCCAAGAGGUACUCCUCAGAUUGAAGUGACCUUUGAAGUUGAUGCAAAUGGCAUCCUAAAUGUCAAGGCUGAAGACAAAGGCACUGGAAAAUCCGAAAAGAUCACCAUUACAAACGAAAAGGGACGUCUGAGCCAGGAGGAAAUUGACCGGAUGGUUCGUGAAGCUGAGGAGUUUGCUGAGGAAGACAAAAAAGUCAAGGAAAGAAUUGAUGCCCGGAACGGUCUGGAAACCUAUGUCUACAACAUGAAAAACCAAGUCAAUGACAAAGACAAGUUGGCUGACAAGUUGGAGUCAGAUGAAAAGGAGAAAAUUGAGACCGCAGUGAAGGAAGCAUUGGAAUGGCUUGAUGACAACCAGAGUGUAGAGAAAGAAGACUAUGAAGAGAAGCUUAAAGAAGUGGAAGCUGUUUGUAAUCCAAUCAUCACCGCUGUGUAUCAGAGAUCAGGUGGUGCCCCAGGUGGUGAUGCCUCAGGAGAGGGCGAGGAGGAUGAUUCUCACGAUGAACUCUAGAGAUGUUUCCUCAGAUUUGAGCUAGAUACAUGAUGAGAAGCAAUAGUUUAGGCAGAGUCUGUUAAUUUUCUUGAUAGGUGGGAAUUUAAAAUUUCCCCUGCGCUUGCUUUUUGGGGGCGAACAUUACAUACUUGGAUAAUUAUAUAUGUACUUUGUUUUUUGCUAGUUUUACGAGAGAACUUAUUUUUCUGUAUGAGCCUGAACUUAUUCUGCCUUA